AGAUUUGAUGAAUUCAAGAAUCUUAUGAUUUAAUAAAGAAAUCUGCAGACUUUCACAGAGAUGGUAAAAUUAUGAUGACUGAUAAUGGAGACAGGCUGUAGGCACAGAAGAAGGGAGUGUCUGAGCUGUGACCUCACGCCUGAAAUCCACAUAAAUUAUCUAUAAAACCAGAAUAAAAGUGUCACAGGACACAGAAACAAACAUGAGCCACGAUUCCCGCCCCCUGUUUUAUUUCUGAUUGAUUAUAUGGAAAUGCCCCAGCUGUGGAAUGGAAAGUGAAAGUAAAGUGACAUCUAUGCAGCAGUCUGUGGGAGUGUCUGCAGAGUCACGGGCUGCUCACAGAGCUGCUGGUUCAGUGUUGGUGAGGAUCAGCUCCAGCAGGACUUGUAACCGAAGAUGAUGGUUAUUCUGCUGCUCCUCAUACCUGUUUCCCAGCAUGCCUCAGGUAUGGAGGUGGAGGUGUAUGAUGGGGUGGAGUCUGUCCUGCUGCCCUGUCAGUUACCCGCUGAUGUUUCCAGUGACUUCUUAGCAGCAGUGUGGGACCGUGAGGAGCUCAAAGACCCAACAGUCCACGUGCGUCUGCAGAGUGGUGAUGAUUUUAAAGAUCAGAACGUUCGUUACACCAACCGAACAUCACUGAGAGCCGACGCUCUGCAGACUGGAGACCUCAGCCUCAUUCUGAGGAACCCCACAGUCUCUGACAGUGGAACCUAUACCUGCAACACCCGAGUAUUUAGAGGAAAUCAGAGCCAGAUCGAUAUCCAACUGAAGGUCACAGAACCUCCUGCAGUCUGGCCCAUAGUUCUCUCAGCUGUCCUGGUUCCUGUGGUUCUCCUGGCUGCUGGCUUUGGUGUCUUCAUGUAUCAUAGAUAUAAAAUCAUGAAGAGCAGAAAAGUCUAUCCAGUGGAGAUGGUUGAGGUGAAACAGGGGGAGGAGUCUGUCCAGCUGUCCUUUCAGAUCACAGAAGAAAAAGAUGUUCCUCUGGACGUCAAAGUGGAGUGGAGACAUCAAAACACGAUGGUCCAUGUGUAUGAGAAUGGUGGUAAUCAGUCUCUAUUAAAGGACCAGAAUCACAGAGACCGCACAGAGAUGAAUGAAGAUCCUCUGAGAAUUAAAGACUUCAGUCUGAAACUGAAAGACCCCCAACUUAGUGAUCGUGGAGUCUACACCUGCACUGUCUAUGACAGAAAUGCACACAUCCGGCUACAGAAAGUAGUGACUCUUAGUGUCAGAGUUCCCGAGGUGGUGGAAGUAGUUAAAGGGAUGCAGUCUGUCAUUCUGCCAUUUACAACUGAAGUCCUGAAGCUUCAGGAUGUCACCGUGGAGUGGAAACACAAAGACAAGAAAGUCCACGUGCGUCAGAAUGGCCAAAACCAGUCUCACGAUCAGGAGGUGAAUGAAGAGCCACUAACAAAUGGAAACCUGCAACACACUGAUGAUGGUACCUACACCUGCACUGUCUACAGUGAGGGUGAAGAAAUCCUGCUACAGAAAGUCGUGUCGAUCACAGUCAGAGUCUACCCGGUGGAAAUGGUGAAUGCGACACAAGGAGAGAAGUCUAUCCUGCUGCCUUUUAAAGUCACAGAUCACCUUCCUCAGGAUGUCAAAGUUGAGUGGAGACUCAUUAACCCUGAAGACCGGAUGGUCUACGUGUAUGAAAGGAGUAAAAAUGAGUCUCCUUCACGAGACCAUGUAUACAGAGGUCGUGCAGAGAUGGAUGAAGAUCCACUGACAAUUAAAGACCUCAGUCUGACCCUGAAAGAUCUCCGCCUCACUGACAGUGGAGUCUACACCUGCACCGUCUACAACAAGGAUGGACACAUGCUGCUACAGAAAGUAGUGACUCUCAGUGUCAGAGACUAUCCACUGGAGAUGGUGGAAGUGACACAGGGAGAGACGUCUGUCCUGCUUAAGACCUCCUUCAGGACAUCAAAGUAG